UCUGUGGGGCAUCAUGGCGGCGCCCAGCAGCAAGACCAGCCGGCCUUAAGUCCACGACUGACCGCGUGAGUAGGUGAGACAAAUGAUUCAGAGAUUAAGGCCCUUGCCAGAGCUCAAGCCAUAACUUAGCAGCGAAGCGGGAAUUGGAACCCGUGUCUAUCUGUUUUCACCAAGGGGCCCAGAAUCCCGGCAGCCAGCCUCAAGCGCUCCUGCACGUAUACUCUACCUCGGGGGCCCGAUUUAUAGUUUUUGGCCGGGGCUCGGUUUGAACCCGCCACCUCUGGCAUAUGGGGCUGGCGCCUACUCCUCUGAGUCACAGGUGCCGCCCCAGAACAGAGAUCUUUAAUUGUAACAGUCACCGAAAUCUGUCUUGUGAAUAAGAAAACCAUAGGAGCUGGUGACUGUCUGGCAAACAGAGGCAUGAGCUGGGUCCGAGCCAUCUUGCUAGCCCGAGGCCUCUCUAAGAGCUGGGGAGGCAUCUGCGGGGCUACCCUCACUAGAGCUCCCAUCUCUCAGGUGCCUCCCCAGCCCCCUCGGGGCCUCCAUCGUAGCAUAGCUGCCCACAACUCCGAAUUGUCACUGGUUCCAGGCCCACCUGAGCUCCAGCGGAGGCCCAUUAGGGCCCUGGCGCCCCACGAGGACCUGUUCAGACAGGCGCCGGGUGGCGAGCGGGACAAGGCGAGCUUCGUGCAGGCCGUGCAGAGCUUUGGGCAGCGCAAUGUGCGCAAGCGGGGCCACGUGGACUUCAUCUACCUGGCCCUGCGCAAGAUGCAGGAGUACGGCGUGGAGCGCGACGUGGCCGUGUACAACCUGCUGCUGGAUGUCUUCCCCAAGGAGGUCUUCCGGCCUCGAAACAUCAUCCAGCGCAUCUUCGUCCACUACCCACGGCAGCAGGAGUGCGGGAUUGCCGUCCUGGAGCAGAUGGAAAAUAACGGGGUGAUGCCUGACAAGGAGACUGAGUUCCUGCUGAUUCAGAUAUUUGGACGAAAAAGCUACCCCAUGCUUAAGUAUUUGCGCAUGAAGCUGUGGUUCCCCCGAUUCAAGAACAUCAACCCCUUCCCCAUUCCCCGAGACUUGCCCCAGGAUCCUGUGGAUCUGGCCCAGUUGGGCCUGCGGCACAUGGAGCCCGACCUUAGUGCCAAGGUCACCAUCUACCAGAUGCCUGUGUCCAACAACUCCACAGGUGCAUCGGAUCCCACCAAGCCCCACAUUGUAGGAAUCCAAAGUCCUGAUCAGCAGGCUGCCCUGGCCCGCCACAACCCAGCCCGACCUGUCUUUGUUGAGGGCCCCUUCUCCCUGUGGCUUCGCAACAAAUGUGUCUAUUACCACAUCCUCAGAGCUGACUUGCUACCUCCUGAGGAGAGGGAAGGGGAAGAGAUCCCAGAGGAGUGGAACCUCUACUAUCCAAUGCAGCUGGACCUGGAGUAUGCGAGAAGCAGCUGGGAUGACUAUGAAUUUGACAUUGAUGAAGUGGAGGAAGGCCCCAUCUUCGCCAUGUGCAUGGCAGGUGCCCAUGACCAGGCAACACUGGCCAAGUGGAUCCUGGGCCUGCAGGAGACCAACCCAGCCCUGGCCCAGAUCCCUGUGGUUUUCCGCCUGGCGGGGUCCACCGGGGAGCUCCUGACAACCUCCCCAGGGCUGGAGGAGCAACCCCCACCAUCACCUGAGGGCCAAGAGAAAGAACACACUGUGCAGCGACAGCAGCAGGGCCAGAGUUGAGACUGAGCAGGUCGCAGGGCACAGACUAUGGCCCGAGGAGGGCAUGGACUGGUGUGGAAGCCAUGAGAUGACCUUUAAGUGGACAGCAAAUAAAAGUUGUCCUGCUUGGA